AUGACAAAUAGGUUUAUUCAUAAUACACAAUAUAAAUUAUAUCAUAAUCGGUCUGCACAUAAUAAUUAUAAGGAAGCAUUAAAAAGUUUGUCUGUUGAUAAAUCUAUUAUUAUCUGUAAGCCAGAUAAGGGUAAAGGCAUCGUUAUUCUUGAUAAAAGUGAGUAUAUUGAGAAAAUGAAUGUUAUUGUAAUUUGUGUAACUAUGAAUAAAGAAGAUAAAUUAGUGCGGUUUUUAUUGAAACUGCAUGAACGUGGCUUUAUCAGUGAUGCAGAGUACAGACUAGCGAGACCAGUAGGAUCGCGUUUUGCCCGAUUAUAUGGUUUACCCAAAAUUCAUAAGCCAAAUAGACCGAUUAGAUCAAUUCUGUCAUCAAUUAAAACGUUUAAUUAUGGAUUGGGUUUAAUGUUAGCUAAACGAUUAGCAUAUUUGCGGUCUAGUGCGAGUACGGUAAAAGAUUCAUUUGAAUUUGCUAAUACAGUGAAACCGUUUUCUGAAUCUCAAUUAAAUUUAAGAAUGAUUUCCAUCGAUGUUAAGAAUCUGUUUACCAAAGUACCCUUGGCUUAUACCAUUGUUGAUAAGUUAUAUGACAAAUGUGAUUUGUGCUCAAUGUACGAAUUCGCAAAAUACGGAUAA